AUGGUUUUUGGUCAGGUGGUUAUAGGACCACCGGGCUCCGGCAAGACCACCUACUGCAAUGGCAUGUCUCAGUUUCUCCAGCUCGUUGGCCGGAAGGUUGCAGUGAUUAAUUUGGAUCCAGCAAAUGAUUCUUUGCCAUAUGAUUGUGCUAUAAACAUCGAGGAUUUAGUCAAGCUCUCUGGCGUCAUGGGCGAACAUUCCCUUGGUCCUAAUGGAGGUCUCAUUUAUUGUAUGGACUAUUUGGAGAAAAACAUCGAUUGGUUAGAAGCCAAACUGAAACCUCUACUCAAAGAUCACUACCUCCUCUUUGAUUUCCCUGGACAAGUGGAACUCUUUUUCCUUCAUGAAAAUGCAAAGAGAGUAAUAAUGAAACUCAUACAGAAGUUAAAUCUAAGGUUGACUGCUGUGCAUUUAGUUGAUGCCCAUCUUUGUAGUGAUCCUGGGAAGUAUGUAAGUGCUUUGCUUCUUUCAUUGUCAACCAUGGUGCACUUGGAGCUCCCUCAUGUGAAUGUAUUGUCUAAGAUUGAUCUGAUUGAAAGCUAUGGCAAGCUUGCUUUCAACCUUGACUUCUACACGGAUGUACUCGAUUUAUCAUAUUUACAGCACCAUCUUGAUCAAGAUCCGCGAUAUGCCAAAUAUAGGAAGCUAACAAAGGAGCUUUGUGAGGUGAUUGAAAAUUAUGGUCUCGUCAAUUUCAGCACUUUGGACAUUCAGGAUAAAGAGAGCGUUGGAAAUCUAGUUAAACUCAUUGACAAGUCCAACGGCUAUAUAUUUGCUGGUAUUGAUGCAAGUGCAGUUGAGUUCAGCAAAAUAGCAGUUGCUCCAGCCGAUUGGGACUAUUACAGAUAUCCUUAA